CGCCCGGGUCGCCGCCGCCCGCGGCCCUCGGCCGGCGGUGGGUCGGCAACAGGGACGUGGGAGGCGGCGCCUGCUCCGCUCGGAAGACGCGCCGGCGAGAUUCGUUCGACAGCAGAGCCGGAGACAGAACGUUGAUGGCUUGUGCACCGCAGCUUUUAAAGCGCUUGUGAAUCCUGGGGAAGGGGGUCUGUCUGAUUCUGAUGCAGCUGAGGAAAAUGCAGACCAUCAAGAAGGAGCAGGUGUCCCUGGACGCUGGCAACGGCGUGGACAAGAUGGUCCUGAACGCGGCCUUGACCGAGGUCUCGGAAGACUUGACGGCGGGCGAGGAGCUGCUUCUGAGCGAAGGCAGCGUGGGCAAGAGCAAGUCCUCCGCCUGCCGGAGGAAACGGGAGUUCAUUCCCGACGAGAAGAAGGACGCCAUGUAUUGGGAAAAGAGGCGGAAGAAUAACGAAGCCGCCAAGAGGUCUCGGGAGAAGCGCCGCCUGAAUGACCUGGUCCUGGAGAACAAACUGAUCGCCCUGGGAGAGGAAAACGCGACUUUAAAAGCGGAGCUGCUGUCCCUCAAAUUGAAGUUUGGUUUAAUUAGCUCCGCAGCCUAUGCCCAGGAGAUCCAGAAACUCAGUCACUCCACCGCCGUGUACUUCCAGGACUACCCCGCGUCCAAGUCCAGCGCCAGCCCCUUCGUGGAUGAGCAGGAGCCGUCGGUGGUGAGCGGCGGCUGCAUCUCCGUCAUCAAGCACUCCCCGCAGGCCUCCCUGUCCGACGUCUCCGACGCGUCCUCGCUGGAGCCCUCGCUGGACGGGGCCGCGCGGGGCGGCUGCGGGAGCCCCGACGGCAAGUUCCAGGCCAUCAAGCAAGAGCCGGUGGAGCUGGAGAGUUACGUGCGGGAGCCUGGCGAGGAGCGGGGCGCCUUCCGGGCCUCCGUGUACCAGAGCCUCAUGGGGGCCGCGUUCCCCGGCUUCUCCCACUCGCCCCCUCUGCUGCAGGUCGCCCGGUCCUCCAGCAACUCCCCCAGGACGUCGGAGACGGACGACGGCGCGGUGGGGAAGUCGUCCGACGGGGAGGACGAGCAGCAGGUGCCCAAGGGCCCCAUCCACUCUCCCGUGGAGCUCCAGCGCACCCACGCCACCGUGGUGAAGGUGCCCGAAGUGAACUCCUCCGCCUUGCCGCACAAGCUGCGCAUUAAAGCCAAAGCCAUGCAGAUCAAAGUGGAAGCGUUGGAUCACGAGUUCGACGCCCCGCCGAAACCGCCCUCGCCUGUUGACGGGGCGCCCAAGAGACAUUUCGGACUGGAGAAGCACGCCGCCCCGAGUAUGGUACACGCUGCCCUCCCCCCUUUCUCCGUGCAGGUGACCAACAUUCAGGAUUGGUCUCUCAAAUCGGAACACUGGCAUCCGAAAGAACUGAACGGCAAAGCUCAGAACAGCUUCAAAACGGGAGUUGCGGAGAUGCAAGACAGUGGCUACAAAGUGUCUGACCCAGAGGGUUUGUUUCUGAAGCGGGGCAUGGCAGGCUUGUCCGCAGAGGUGGUGUCACUCAAGACACUCAUCGCCACACACCAGAUCUCUGCCUCGGACUCUGGGUGAAUCACUACUGAGAAGCUCUGGCUGUUUACGAAGCCGUCAUUUGCAAUAGAUGAGUACGUUUUGUAUUAGGCUGAAUUUUCACUGGACCUGUGAUGUCAUUCCACUGUAAUGUUCACACGUUGUCUGCUGGGUGUCUUUUCGUGCACAAAUUAUUAUGGAGAUUAGAUCGUGUUCUCACUCUGCCUUGUGUAUAGUCACACAGCCCACGCAAAGACUGUAUAUAUCGGACAUUAUUUUUGUUGUUCUGCUAUAAAGCGUGUCCGUUGCCAGUUUCAAUAAAGGAUUGGGGACAGACACAGAA